AACCCACCACAUGAACUAUAAGCUCGGGGUGCAACCCUCUAAUUCUCUAUCCUCUCUGCUAUCGAAAUAGAGUCACUCGAAGAGUCAAAGUCGACUACCGAGCAGUUUCAAACCGCCGCCGACCGCCGACCACCGAACGCCGACCGUCGACCGCCGACCGCCGACCGCCGACCGCCGACCGUCGACCGCCGACCGCCGACCGCCGACGCCUUCAAUUCGAGCUUCGAAGUUCGACUUCGGCACUUCGCCGACCCAGUUUUGAGUGCUCCUCCAUUAAUUCGAACCAAUUCAAAUUCCCGGGUCCGCCACUGCCUUAGCACUCGGUAAGAAGCCCUCAUCCCUCGUGCCUUUCCGUCGACAAUCUAAAGCACUUCGGUCUACAUAGACGUUCAGCCGAAUUGAUUGAUAAGGAGGACUAAGAGUUCUGGUCCCAACCCGUCACCCGACCCAAACGACCCACCUAAAAAACGCCCUAAUUCCUAAUUCUGAGAUUGGAUUGAAAACAUGAAGAAGCAUCUACAUAUUUCUGAAUUGCCUACUUCCACCAAAAUUAAAUUUGAGGAGGAGGAGAGUGAAGAGAAUAAUUCCUCAAGUGAAGAUGAGGAGGCUUAUAUAAAGAAUGAGCUUGCUGAUGUAACCUUUGGGGAGUUGCAUAAAGCACUUUCCGAUGGCACCCUUGCCUUACAUGGUAAGCGGCACGGUUCCGAAACCAAGUCUAAGCGAGCAAAUAAAAACAGGCCAAUGGAGGUUAGUAGCAAAAAACCUGUUGCUAGAUUCAGAGAAGUCAUUCAAGUACCUAAGAAGGUAGCACGUGAUCCACGUUUUGAAUCUCUUUGUGGCAAUUUUGAUGAAGAGGGGUUCAAGAAGAGAUACAACUUUAUCUAUGAAGAGAAUCUUCCAACCGAAAAAGAAGAAUUGAAGAAGUUGCUGAGAUCAUCAAAAGAUCCUGAAGUCAUUGAUGAUUUAAAGAAUCGCAUCUCCUGGAUCGACAAGCAAAUGAGAUCUGAUUCUAAUACCAAGCUCAGGCAAGCCCAAAUUCUUGCUGCUCAGAAAAAGAAAGUGAGGGAAGCAGUAAAGCAAGGAAAGCGUCCAUUUUAUAUCAAGAAAUCUGAAAUCCGAGAACAGAUGCACAUUGAGAAGUACAAUAAUCUCAAGGCUUCUGGUAAGCUCGAUUCUUAUAUCGAAAAGAGGAGGAGAAGGGAUGCUGCAAAGGAUCACAGGUUCAUGCCUUACAAGAAGCCUAACAAUGACGAGUAGCUACACAAUUGUCUCUGCAUGCUUGAAAGCUUCACAUAGCUUCGUCCAUUAUAAAGAAUAUUAGAAUGAGAUCCAAAUUUUGUGUCGCAUAGAUCCUAGUUCUUUGUUAAAUUAUACUCUUCGAAGUGUCAGACUUGUUAGAAGUAUCUGACAUGGAUAGGGCCAUAGGGGAUUUUUUUUCCUAUUUUAUCUGUAUCUCGAGCAUCAUAUUCAGUCCGAUUACGUUGUCUGGAUACUUGUCAGCAGUUGAUAUGAACUUUAUUCUGUAGAAUAUAAUUUGUCAUAAAAAAUUUUUGAUCUGGAGAAA